UGGUUCCGGGGCAGCCGCAGCAUGGAGCCGGCGGCGGAGGGCGAUGCUGAGAUGGUGGGGGGAACCGACCCGGAGCUGGCGGCCACCAUGGGCUUCUCCGGCUUCGGGAAGAAAGCCCGGACUUUCGAUCUGGAAGCCAUGUUUGAGCAAACGAGAAGAACUGCCGUGGAGAGGAGCAGGAAGGUCUUGGAGGCUCGUGCCAAAGAGAAGGAAGACCAGGCUGAAAAAGAGUUUAGAAGUCCAUACACUGAUUCAUCAGCUUCAGUAUCUAGUGCAACAGGAGCUGGGUCCACAUUAACCGAAAGAGGGACGGCCUGUAAUGAAAGCGAAGAUAGCUCAGAUGAAGGGUUAAUUGGGCCUUCCAUGCAAUCCCAGACUUCUCAAGGUCCAGCUGAGGAUCCUGAUGAUGAUGAUGAAGAUGAUGAUGAAUUCAUUGGGCCACCACUUCCGCCUGGGUUCAAGGAUAGUGAUGAUGAUACUGAUGAUGAUACGGAAGAGGAUGAUAAUAACCCUGUAAAGAAAAUUCCAGAUUCUCAUGAAAUUACACUCCAACAUGGGACAAAAACAGUUUCUGCUUUGGGGCUGGAUCCUUCUGGUGCCCGUUUGAUAACUGGUGGAUAUGACUAUGAUGUUAAAUUUUGGGAUUUUGCUGGAAUGGAUGCCUCUCUCCAAGCUUUUCGAUCGCUCCAGCCUUGUGAAUGUCACCAAAUCAAAUCUUUACAGUAUAGCAGCACGGGAGAUGUCAUUCUUGUUGUCUCUGGUAACUCUCAGGCAAAAGUUCUUGACAGAGAUGGAUUCCCAGUAAUGGAAUGCAUAAAAGGAGACCAAUACAUUGUGGAUAUGACAAACACAAAGGGUCAUACAGCAAUGCUCAAUUCAGGCUGCUGGCAUCCAAAAAUAAAAGAAGAAUUUUUGACGUGUUCUAAUGAUGGAACUGUGAGGACAUGGGAUGUUAACAAUGAAAAAAAGCACAAAAACGUAUUUAAACCACGAUCAGUUCAAGGUAAACGGGUGAUCCCUACAACUUGCACAUACAGCAGAGAUGGUAAACUUAUUGCAGCUGGCUGUCAAGAUGGCUCCAUCCAGAUCUGGGAUAGGAAUAUGAGUGUACACACAAAGUUCCACUGCAGGCAAGCCCAUGCUCCAGGCACUGACACUUCAUGCUUGACAUUUUCUUAUGAUGGUACUGUCCUUGCCAGCCGGGGAGGAGAUGAUACUUUGAAGAUAUGGGAUAUUAGACAAUUUAAAAAGCCUCUUAAUUCAGCAGAAAGACUGCCCAGCUUCUUUCCAAUGACAGAUUGUUGUUUCAGCCCAGAUGAUAAAAUACUCGUAACAGGCACUUCUGUUAAGAAAGGUGGUGGCAGUGGGAAGCUUUUUUUUUUUUAUCGGGAGACAUUCCAGAAGUUGUAUGAGAUAGAAGUUACAGAUGCGAGUGUUGUGCGUUGCCUUUGGCAUCCCAAGCUGAACCAGAUCAUGGUUGGUACAGGAAAUGGUUUGGCCAAAGUCUACUAUGAUCCUGUCAAAAGUCAGAGGGGAGCAAAAUUAUGCGUGGUCAAAACAAAACGAAAAGAGCGACAAGCAGAAACCCUUACACAGGAUUACAUUAUAACACCCCACGCACUGCCAAUGUUCCGUGAACCACGACAGCGCAGCACCAGGAAACAGCUGGAGAAGGACAGGCUGGACCCCAUGAAGUCUCACAAACCUGAACCUCCAGUAGCAGGGCCAGGUCGUGGUGGGCGUGUUGGAACUCAUGGAGGUACCUUGUCAUCAUAUAUAGUCAAGAAUAUUGCACUGGAUAAGACAGAUGAUAGCAACCCUCGAGAGGCUAUUUUACGUCACGCAAAGGAAGCGGAGGAGAAUCCAUACUGGGUUGCUCCAGCCUAUGCUAAAACGCAACCAAAAACAGUUUUCGCAGAAGUGGAACCGGAAGAUGAUGAAACAGACAAGCCAGAGUGGAAAAAACGUAAAAUUUGAAAAAAAUGGUUUUAAGAAAAAUUUUAGAGCAUUUGAAACAAAGUGCAGCAUUUAUUUCUUUAUUUUGGGUGGUGAAUCAAAUUUUGAAAGCAAAAAUUAUUUCAGUUCACAAAACUUGCUGCAGUGUGAAAAGAGAUUGUUGUAUUACACUGGAUCGUAAUCAGACAUCAGAAUUUUGUAGGAAGGAAUGACUUGGGCAAAGCACUCUAUGUCAGUAUUUAGCUUUGUGAUUUAAGUGAAAAAUAUCUCUUUAUAAAUAGAACUCUAGUGAAUUCAUUACAUUGCUUUAUGUUUUUUUAAUUACUGCCACUUUUUCAAAUGCUGUGUCAUUACAGUGUUCAAUGAUUUUAAGUAUACAAAUAAAAUAGUACAGUUUCUCAGA